AUGGCGGCCCUAGCUGAUGUCCCGUGGUCAAAUGAUGAUGUGCGACCACCAUCACCUGAUGCAGAUGACCGGGAGAUUACUAUUCCCUGGGGUGGUUGGGUGCACGAGAGGCCCCCUGCUAGACGCCGUUCUAGGGCCAGAGCAGUAGUGGGGACCGCCGGACAGUCAGACCCUACAUCAGCACCAUCUUCCUCUACUACAGCAGCUCCCUCAUCAUCGACAGCUCCACCUUUAGUUCCUCCUGUGGCACCUGAGCCUACUUACAUACUGGUCCAGCGUCUAUUCCGAUUCCUAGAGUGCGAGAGAUGCCAUGUCAGACGCCGAUUAGAUCGGAUGGACCAGGAUCAUCAGGAGGAGGAUGCGGAGGCACCAGUUCAGCAGGAUGCCCCUGCCACUACAGAGCCACCACAGACUCAUGAGGAGCCGGUCCCACAACCACAGCCAGAGCCAGAGCCUAUCGUUUUGUGA